AUGUACAGCAAAGGCUACCGUAAACUCGAUCGACGCGACACCGGCGUUAUAUCGAACUUUCUGCGGACCGGUGUAACAGUGAAACAAUUAGUUCGAAUAGAAAAUCGUCCACGGAUCGCUAUCGCCGUCGCAGCUGGCCGGUCGAGGGACCGGGUGGUGGUAGCAAAAGGGCAGAGGAUGGAGGGGAAGAAGGAGAUCAACUUGGACUCGGUGCUCGAAAGCCUCGGCCCGUACGGCCGAUACAACCUCCUGAAUUUCGUGCUACUGCUGUUCCCGGUGCUGCUGAGCAGCUUCUACGAAUGCGGCUUCAUAUUCGAGGCUCAGGAGCAAAUGUACAGAUGCGAAAUACACGGAUGCGAGGAGAGGUUCAACGACACCUCGUGGCUGGAGUACGCCAUCCCGAAGGACGGUGAUGGGAUCCGACCAGACAAGUGCACGAGAUACGCCGGCGUGAACUCCACGCUGCAACAAUGCAGUCCUGAUGAGUUCUCCAACAAGACAGUGCCCUGCGACAGCUUCGUGUAUGAAGAGGGCCGGUCAUUCGUCAAAGAGUUCGACCUGGGCUGCAAGGAGUGGAAGCGGGCGUUGGUCGGCACCGUCCACAACUCCGGCAUGUUCGCGGCGAUGCUGGUGACCGGCGCGAUAUCGGACCGCUUCGGCCGCAAGGUGGCCGUGGGCAUCGCGUCCACGGCCAGCUUCGUGUUCGGCAUAGCCAGGGCGUUCAGCGGCGGCUACAUCACUUACCUCGUGCUGCACUUCCUCGAGGCGGGCUUCGGCGGCGGACUGUACCCGUCCGCCUACGUACUAGGUUGCUUCACGUACCUGGUGCUGGAGGUGGGCUUCGGCGGCGGACUGUACCCGUCCGCCUACGUACUAGCCGUCGAGCUGGUCGGGCUGAAGCAGCGCGUCAUAGUCUCGGCGAUGUGCAACAUGACCUUCGUGGUCGGCGUGGUCCUAAUCGCGCUGCUCGCCUGGUUCGUCGACAACUGGCGCACCUACAUCCUGAUACUCUACAGCCCCGCGAUAAUCGUCGGGAUCUACGUGUGGUUCAUGAACGAGAGCGCCAGAUGGCUGCUCAGCAAGGGCCGGCGGGAGGAGGCCGUCAAGAUACUGAAGAGCGCCGCCAAGAUAAACAACCUCGACCCGAGGUCCCUGGAACUGGACGCGCUGGGCGACCCGCUCUUGAAAACGGAGCACCAGCCAGACAAGAAGUCCCAGUUCUCCAAGGCGAUCCGGUCCAGCAUAAUAUGGAAGCGGCUGGUGAUAUGCUCGUUCCUGUGGAUGACCUGCUCGCUGGUGUACUACGGCCUGUCGAUAAACUCGGUCUCGCUGAGCGCGAACAAGUACGUGAGCUUCAUGCUAGUGGUGCUGGUGGAGAUACCGGCGUACGUGGUGGUGGUGAUAGUGCUGGACAAGUACGGCCGCAAGAGGACGCUGAUCGUGAACUACGUCACGUGCGCCGUCACCAGCCUGCUGUUCGCGUUCCUGCCCAGAUCCGACUGGUGGUCGAUCGCGCUGUACCUGGUCGGCAAAUGGAGCGUCACGCUGGCCUACAGCUCCGUCUACAUAUACGUGUCGGAGGUCUUCCCGACCAACAUGAGGCAGACCCUCAUCAGCGUCUGCUCCACGGCGGGCAGAAUCGGUUCCCUCAUCGCGCCUUUGACGCCGUUAUUGUCACAGUACCAUAAGUCGAUGCCGACGGUCAUUUUCGGCGCGAUGUGCAUGAUAUCCAGCGGCUUGGUGCUGAUGCUGCCGGAGACGAGGAACCUGAGGCUGCCGGACACGAUAGAGGAGGCGGAGGAGCUGUCCAGGAUGAAGACCCGAUCGGUGGUCAGCACU